GCACCAAAAGUUCCUCAAGAGUCCAAGCACCAUUUCCAAUUCCCAAACUCUUUCUGGCUCCCUACAUGGUUUCUGUGGACAAUGAAAAGAGCUUCCUCUUCUCCUAUUUUCAACCCAAAUUCAUGGACAUAUGAUGUGUUUUUGAGUUUUCGAGGUGAGGACACACGGUGUGGCUUUACAGGCCAUUUGCUGAAUUCUUUGGUCCACAAGGGAAUCAACACCUUCAUAGAUGAUGAUGGUCUAACAAGAGGAGAAGAAAUAUCGUCGUCACUUCUCAAAGUAAUUGAAGAGUCAAGGAUUUCGAUCAUCAUAUUCUCCGAAAACUAUGCAUCCUCAAAAUGGUGCCUGGACGAACUGGUUCAGAUUUUUCACUGCCAUGAAUCGAAGCAACAAAUGGUUAGACCAGUUUUUUACAAGGUUGAUCCCUCGGAUAUACGACACCACAAAGGUAGUUUCGGUGAAGCACUGGCUAAGCAUGAAAGGAGGUUAAGGGAGAACGUGGAGAAGGUGAAGUUAUGGAGGACAACACUUACAAAAGCGGCUAAUUUGUCUGGUGACCAUUUCAAGGAGGGGGAGUACGAGUAUAAAUUUAUCAACAACCUUGUUGACGAGAUCUCAGUCCAGCUGCUAAACCAAACAUAUUUGAAUGUGGCCAAGUAUCCGGUUGGAAUUGAGUCUCGUGUACAAGAUAUUUAUCAGCUGUUAAGUAUUGGCACAACUGGCCGUUGUGUAGCAGGGAUAUGGGGAGCUGCUGGAAUUGGAAAAACAACAAUUGCGAAAGCUGUUUAUAAUUCAAUUGGCCAUAGGUUUCAAGGUAGAUGUUUCUUGGAAAAUGUUGGAGAGAAGUCACUGUCAAAUGAAGGCCUACUCCAUCUACAAGAGACUCUACUUUCUGAGACUCUAGGAGGCACAAACCUGAAGGUCGGCACUGUUCAUAAAGGGAUGAAUGUUAUAAAGCAAAGGUUGAGCCAUAAGAAGGUUCUCUUGAUUCUUGAUGAUGUGAAUGAAUUGGAUUGGUUGAGCAACUUAGCUGGAGCUACAGGUUUGUUUGGUGAUGGCAGUAGAGUCAUCAUAACCACAAAAGAUAAGGGGUUGCUAACUCGUAAUGGAAUUAAGUUGAUAUAUGAAGUCAAGACAUUAGAUUGCUACCAAGCUCUUGAACUCUUCAGUUGGUAUGCCUUUGAUACUAAUGAACCUCCCGUAGAAUAUGUUGCACUCGCAAGACGUGCAAUAGACUAUGUUCAACGCCUUCCACUGGCUCUGAAAGUUUUUGGUACUUACUUGGGUACUCUAGAAACCAUAGACCGUUGGCAAACUAUAUUAGAUAGUUACAAAAGUGCUCCUUAUAAAGAGAUUCAAAAACCAUUCAGAAUAUGUUAUGAUGCGUUGGAAGAAGAGGAGAAGCAAGUUUUUCUUGAUAUUGCAUGUUUCUUCAACGGUAAGGAAAAGGACAUUCUGAAAGAACUACUAAAAGAUGAUGAGCUCGAUUUUCCUGAAGAUUAUAUUGAAGUAUUAAUACAAAAGGCUUUCAUUAGUCUUGAUUAUGAUAAUAGGAUUUGGAUGCAUAAUUUGCUCGAACAGAUGGGUAAACAUAUAGCUCGGCAAGAACCACUCACAGAGCCUGGAGAACGUAGCAGACUAUGGUUUCAUAAGGAUGUGUAUCGCGUUCUUACAGAAAAUACAGGAACAAGUAAAAUCAAAGGCAUCUUGGUGAAGUUUCCUAAACCAGUUGAUAUACUCUUGAGCGCUAAAAGCUUCUCAGGGAUGAGUAAUCUUAAAUAUUUUAUAAACUGUAAUGCAUCCCUUUCUGGAUAUUGUGGUUAUCUCCCCUAUAGCUUAAAGUUGAUAGACUGGGGUUGGUGUCAGUUGAAAUCUUUUCCAUCCAACUUUCAUCCAAAGGAACUUAUUGUGCUCCAUAUGCCUCACAGUCACAUCACACAACUGGGGAAAGGACUAAUGAAGUGUCUGACAAAGGUGACAUCUCUAAACUUUGAAGGCUGUAAAUUCCUAAAAAGUAUCUCCGACUUCUCUGGGCUGUCAAACAUGAAGUCCUUGAAUCUACGCUACUGUACAAGCCUUCUGGAAAUUGAUCCUUCUGUUGGAUUUCUUGAAAAUCUAGUGACGUUGGAUCUUGAGGGAUGUACUAACCUUGAGAUGUUUCCAAAUAGAGUUGGCUGGAAAAGUCUGGAAAGUAUCUCUCUUAAAUAUUGCAAAAAGCUGAAGAAAUUCCCUGAAAUUGUGGAGAAGAUGGAAUCCUUGAGAUCUAUAUAUAUGGAAGCCAGUGGAAUAGAAGAAUUGCCUUCAUCGAUUGGAUUUCUCUCUGGACUACACAUUUUAUUUGCAAAUAGAUGUGAAGCCCUUAAAAAUCUGCCAUGCAGUAUUUAUGAGUUCCAACAUCUGUCGUUUCUUGGUCUUAAUCAUUGCCCAAAACUUGUUACACUUCCUAAUAAGUCAAACUCUGAAGUUUCAGUGAGUAAUGUAGGAUCACUUCCCUUGGCGCUUCAAACUAACUCAAACACUUCACAUAGCCCAGCCCUUCCAAAGCUAGGGGCUUAUGCUUCGCAGGAUGCAACUUAUCCAGCUUUGAUUUCCUUGAUAAUCUUGAGUGCUUCUCCACAUUAGAUAUUCUCAUUUUAUCAGGAAGUAGUUUUGUCACUCUUCCUAUGUGCAUUAGCAAAUUUGUUAACUUGGCAAUACUUGAGUUAUGUCGUUGCAAGAAUCUUCGAGUAAUUUUAGAACUUCCACUAAAUAUAAAAUGUAUAUCAGUUGUUGAUUGCAUAUCACUGGAAGUAUUUUCCCUAUUGUCGAAGAUAUUGGAACAUAAGGACAUAUAUCAUAUUCGUAAGAUGGACUUGUCCAAUUGCUCCAGAUUAUGUGACAAUCUGGGCUUGGACGUGGGAAAGAUGGCAAAUCUGUUGGUGAAUCAGGUAGGAAACUCUUGGUUUGAAACUCUAUUUCCAGGAAAUGAAGUUCCGAAGUGGUUCAACUGUCGUAAGGAUGUAUGUGUGCCUGUUGGUGGUAGUGAAACGGAUCAGGUGUUGUGUGAACUAGUAGUUGAAAUCCCUCACAGUUUGAAAUGGGAGGACACAGGAAUGGUUUUAUGUGUUGUUUCUGAAAGUACAGAAGAAUUUGUUGGUGAUUGUUGUUUUCUCAGAGACAAAUUUACAAUCAAUGGACAUUCCCUGGGUCUUUCCUCUCUUGAUGUUUGCUAUGCAUCAAGAGAGGCAGAGUCACCUCAUGUGUGGCUAAAGUAUACAUCAUUACCUGGUUUCUUGAGGCCGAAGCUGGAUAGACAGAGUCCAUCGAUGCCUUAUAUGUGUCAAAUUAUUCUCCGCCGCAUGGGAACAGGGUUGCGCAUUAAAAGCUGCGGUGUCCACCUGGCUUAUGUAUCACAUGGUGGUGAUGGUGAUAAACUGGAAAAUGAAGAUGAUGAAGAGUUCUACAGCUGCCAUUCUGCUGAUGCAACUGAUGAUGCAGAUGCAGAGGAAGUUAAUUCGGAUUGCUUCCAUGAUCAAAGAACAUCUGACAAUGAUGCAGCAAAGAAACUUAUUGGUGACACAAGGUUGGGACUGAGGAAUCCUAAAAAAAGAACUUGGGCUGAUUACAUUGAUGGAAAAUUUUCUGGAUCAGCAGCUCCCUCUGAUACUGUACCAAAGAAGUGAAUUCAAUCUGUUCGUAAUAGGUAGCCUGUCCGUUUUUGUCUAAUGCUCGAUCUGUGUUUAGGUUUCUUUUAAGUUUGUUGAUGGAGGAUUUUACUUUUGUCACAGUGCAUGAAUUUGAGCUAGAGUUAUAUAUUGGGGUUGUCUUUGAGUAUUUGGGUGUCCUCAGAAGGAAUUAUAAUGGAAUUUAUCUCAUUAUAUAACUUUAUUGCUAUAUAGUAUAUAGAAGCAGCUUUUUGAUG